UUAUUAACGAAUGCUAGGAAGUCGAAGAGUUCGUUCACACGAAUCAUCACUUACUAAUUUAGAUGUUUACAAUCCUAAUUCACCAGUUAGAAUUGAACAACAUAUAGACCAUCAUUUAUUUAAAACUUAAAAAUGUUAGAUUCAGCAUCAAAUAAACCAAAAAAAGUUUUGUCCAUUUUUUCAUGAUGAAACUGAUCGAAGAAGAGAUCUCAAAUAUUAUUCUUAUAAGUAAUGGAAAUGUGAAAUUUUAAUUUCAGAUGUUAAUUAUGCCCUUAGGCUGACAAUUGUCCAUAAGGUGAUGAAUGUUAAUUCGCUCAUAACAAAGUAGAGCAAGUGUACCAUCCUAAUAGAUACAAGACUAAAUAUUGUACUCACAUAAAGGAUUGUGAUUAUGGAGUAUAUUGUUCGUUUGCUCAUAAUGACCAAGAAUUGAUUAUUCCAGUUAAAUUGGAUGGAAUGGUUCAAGACAAAAAUUUCUGGAUAUAUCAAUAUAAGACAGUCUGGUGUCCUCUUACAAUUAAGUAAGAUUUUUAUCUUAAAACAUUAAUAGUCAUGAUAGAGCAUCAUGUGUUUAUGCUCACAAUGCUUAAGACUUUAGAAGAGAUCCAAAAAAAUUGUAACCUAAGGAAUGCCCACAUUGGAAUAAAACUCAUCAAAUUUUAAAUUAUGAUAAAGGAGGAUGUCCAGAUUAAGAAGAGUGUUAAUAUUGUCAUGGCUGGAAGGAGUUUGAAUAUCAUCCUCUAAUUUAUAAAACAAAACCUUGUACUCAAUCAAAUUGUACUAAGAAGUUAGGAGAAUGUGCAUUCUAUCAUUUAGAAUAAGAAAAAAGGUACUAUUUUCAGUUAAUUUUAUAAGGGUUCGCAAAUAAUUGCAAGAUAGUUCUUGGGUUAUAGAAGAACCUAACGUUCACGUUGAAGCUAAAAGAUAACCUUAUAAACCUACAUCAAAUUAUCUUGGACCAAUAAUUCCUAAUUAUAUUCCAUAAGAUUAUAUGAGUAAGGAUAAAAUGGAAAUUGGAUAACCAUUUUGUUAAUAAUCAAUCACGAACACAAAGACAUCAGAUUCUCAUUCAAGAAGAGGUUCUGAUUUCUCUGAUGGUUCUAAAAUACAAAAGAAAAAACAUAAUAUACAAUAACAGUUUUAACCAUAGAAAAAACACAGAACAGCACCUACAACUCCAGAUUAAAAAUAAUUACAUAUUAUGGGCAACAAUUACACUAUGAAAGUUUAAUAAAAUGUUUAAACUAAUUCAAAUCUUACUUACUCAAAAAAACUUUAUGAGGAAAUUCUUAAAUUAAAUGAAGUAAUUUAAAUAAAUUAUUUUUAGGGAGAGUGUAUAUAUAAAAUUUUGUAAGGGUUUAAAAUUUCUGAAUAGAAAUUAAUGCAAAUGGGAGAUUAGUAAAUUAAAUAACUAAAUCUCAGUGAAUAAUAAAUAACAUAACUUACAUCAGCUUUAGCUACCAUUAAAAUAGAAAAAAAAUAUGAUGAGCACUGUGGGGAUGAACUUCUUAGUUUAAUAUCAAACUAAGGCAAAUUUUGAAAUUUUCAAUAUGC